GAUGUCCAGGACCAUUAUGGGCGGACACCGCUUCUUCUUGCAGCGGCAGCGGGGCACGACGCUGUUGUGCGUGGCCUGAUCAAUGCCGGGGCGGACCUUAACCACAAGGACAGUGUUUACGGCAUGACAGCUCUGCAUACGGCUGCGGCUCAUGGACAUGCAGAAGUCGUGAAGAUGCUCCUGAGGCACGGUGCCGAUGUCCACCACGGGGAUUCCAGUCCAGUCGGAGAGACGCCUUUAUCCUGCGCUGCUGCAAAAGGUCAUAUACCAGUAGCAUCCCUCCUUCUCCAAGCCGGAGCCAAGGUGGAUAGCUGGGACAGAAUCGGCUGGACGCCUCUUCAUCAUGCUGUCAAACACGGAAGAAGGAAAACCGUCGAGGUAUUGCUCAGG